UUUAAUCAUAAAUGUAUGUACAUGCAAAUUAGAUAGGAUUACUUUUACUUGCAUUGAAAUUUCUCUCAGACAAACGACGACGCUGAAUUUUCAUUAAUUUCUUCGCAUUCCGUAUUGGCGGCUUUCUCUACAUAGUUCCCCUUUUCCCCUUUGUUCCUUUUCAACUUUGUUUUCGAAAUUCGUAACCUUUCGUAGUUUAAUUUAGUUUGAACUUUUAUGUUUGUUUGUUCGUUCUUGCUUCCUUCCAUGUUUUUUCUCAACUACUGUUUUUACUGCUUUCUCUUUCCAAUUCAAAACAUUAAAUAUUAAAAAAUUCAAUAUCGAACAAUACAAUACCAUCACUUUCUUCCUCUCUUCGUUUUCCUUUUAGUAGUUGAAUCACUCUUCCACUUCCCAACUCUUUCUUAAACCCCCUUUCGUUCUCCUUCUCCCACAACACAUUUUCUCUCUAUUUCUGUCUCUCCAAAUGGGAUUUGUGUUCUGUGCCAAUAAAAUUAUUGCUGUUUUUGUUUUCGGAUUUCUCGUUUUGGAUGCUUUCUUCUCUGGAUUUGGAUCCAACGCUCAACUUUUGCCCGAAGAUGAAGUUCAAAUUCUUCAAACAAUAUCCAGAAAGUUACAGCUGAGCGGUUAUUGGAACAUCAGUCGAAGUUCUUGUACAGAUAGCAAUGGCUUCAAUAAGACAAUUGUCCCUAAAGAUGUUUUAAGCAAUGUCGCAUGUGACUGUUCUCCAGAAAAUGGUAGUACUAUUAGUAUUUGCCAUGUCAAAACCAUCGAGUUGAAGGGUCUCAAUCUAGUUGGAGUUAUACCUGAAGAAUUUGGAAGUCUUACUCAUCUUGAAGAGCUUGAUCUAACUCGCAACUACCUCAAUGGAUCAAUCCCACUAAGCUUAUCUCGUGCACCCCUGCGCGUUCUGUCUGCUUUGGGAAACCGAUUCAGUGGUUCCAUUCCUUCGGGGAUUGGUGAAUUUACUAUGCUCAGGGAGCUGGUAUUAGAGAAUAAUCUCUUUGAUGGCCCUCUUCCUCCAGAAAUUGGGAGAUUGAGUAACUUGGAAAGACUCCUACUGAGUGCAAACAAUUUUACUGGACCAAUACCAGAGACGUUUGUAAACUUGUUGAACUUAACCGACUUUAGGAUAGAUGGGACUAGAAUAUCAGAGAAGAUACCUGAAUUUAUUGGGAACUGGACCAAACUUGAUAGACUGGAUAUGCAGGGCACUUCCAUGGAGGGUCCUUUUCCUUCCAGCAUAUCAAAUUUAAAAAACUUGACUGAAUUGAGAAUAUCUGAUUUGGGGGGACCAAAUACAACUUUCCCUGAUUUGAGACAGUUGAAGCUGUUGAAAGAAUUGGUAUUGAGGAAUUGCUUAAUUAAUGAUGAAAUUCCAAAGUACAUUCAAGAGCUUACAAACUUGAAGACAUUGGACCUGAGUUUCAACAAGUUGACUGGUGAAAUUCCAAAAGAGAUGGAGACUCUAACCAAACUAGAUUUUCUGUUUUUGACCAAUAACUCACUGACUGGAAAAGUGCCAAGUUGGAUAAUCAGCAGCAAACACGAUAUUGAUGUAUCGUACAACAAUUUCACGGAUUCAACACAACAGCUUAGUUGUUCAAGUUUGCCUGUGAAUUUAAUUUCUAGUUACAAAGACUCCGAGGUCCAAUCAUGGUGCUUGAAGAAGGAUCUCCCCUGCGCAACAAAACCAAAACAUCAUUCUUUGUUUAUCGAUUGUGGAGGGCCAGGCAUGGAUGUUGAUGGGAAUACAUAUGAACUGGACCUAAACCAAGGGGGUCCUGCCAGCUUUUUCACAUCACCAUCAGAGAAAUGGGCUUAUAGUAGUACUGGGGUUUUCGUGGGUAACGAAAAUUUACCUUACAUUACCAGUACAAACUCAUCGUUAAAUGGUGCUUCAAAAUUUUAUGAAACGGCACGCCUUGCUCCUCAAUCUCUUAAGUACUAUGGACUUUGCUUGCGGGAAGGCAGUUACAAAGUGCAGCUUCACUUUGCUGAGAUAAUGUUUUCUAAUGACCAGUCAUUUAAUAGCCUUGGCAGGCGCAUAUUCGAUAUCUCAAUUCAAGGGAGUUUACUUAGGAAGGAUUUUAACAUAAUGGAAAAAGCUGGAGGUGCUCAGAAAGGCAUCACCGAGACAUUUGAUAAUGUUCUUGUUAAAGGCAGCACUCUAGAGAUCCACCUAUACUGGGCUGGGAAAGGAACCAAUGCUAUUCCUGAACGGGGUGUCUAUGGACCUCUUAUAUCGGCUAUUACUGUGACCCCAAAUUUCAGCGUUAAUUCUGGGUUGUCUGUUGGAGCAAUUAUUGGCAUUGUAGCUGCUUCGUGUGUGGUUGUUGCUUGUAUUUUACUAGGGCUUCGGAUGAAGGGUUAUUUAGGGGGGAAGGACCUUGACGAUCCAGAGCUACGUGGAUUAGAGUUACAAACAGGAUAUUUCUCGUUAAGACACAUAAAAUCUGCAACUAGUAAUUUUGACCCUGCAAACAAGAUAGGUGAAGGAGGUUUUGGACCAGUUUACAAAGGUACACUAUCAGAUGGUCGUGUGGUUGCAGUUAAACAGUUGUCAUCAAAAUCAAAGCAAGGCAACCGUGAAUUUGUUAACGAGAUAGGCAUGAUAUCUGCAUUACAACACCCAAAUCUUGUGAGGCUUUAUGGUUGCUGCAUUGAAGGGAAUCAACUGUUGCUUGUAUAUGAAUACUUGGAAAACAACAGUCUUGCUCGUGCACUCUUUGGUAGCAAGGAACAGCAACUAUCAUUGGACUGGCAAACAAGACAGAAGAUCUGUAUAGGGAUAGCAAGGGGUCUAGCUUAUCUUCACGAGGAGUCAAGGUUGAAGAUUGUUCACAGAGAUAUAAAGGCAACCAAUGUGCUUCUUGAUAAGGAUUUAAAUGCCAAGAUAUCUGAUUUUGGUUUAGCAAAGCUUGAUGAAGAAGAGAACACUCAUAUCAGCACAAGGAUAGCUGGAACAAUAGGUUAUAUGGCUCCGGAGUAUGCAAUGAGAGGUUAUUUGACCGAUAAGGCCGAUGUUUAUAGCUUCGGAGUGGUUGCUUUGGAGAUUGUUAGUGGGAAGAGCAACACAAAUUACAGGCCAAAGGAGGAGUUUGUUUAUCUUCUCGAUUGGGCUUAUGUCCAACAAGAACAAGGGAAUCUAUUAGAUCUUGUGGAUCCUAGUCUUGGUUCAAAAUACUCGACAGAUGAGGCUCUAAGAAUGCUUCACUUGGCCCUAUUGUGCACCAACCCAUCUCCCACUCUUAGGCCACCGAUGUCGUCCGUGGUGAGUAUGCUGGAAGGAAAAAUCCCGGUCCAAGCUCCACUGGUGAAGCAAAGCACGAUGGAUCAGGACGCAAGGUUCAGAGCCUUUGAAAAGCUAACACAUGACAGCAUAACAGACAUGUCUGGGUACUCGCAAGAGAGCCACCAUGUAGGCACUUCUAUGGAUGGACCAUGGAUUGAUUCUUCUGUUUCUGGUCAGAGUAAAGAUGAGUCGACCGUCCUGCAACAUAAUUCAAGUACCAAGCUUCUUUAGGAUUCUGUAAUCUCUCAUAUGAUCUCAAUAUGGUUUGAUGGAAAAGCAAGCCAACUCUUAUAGGACCAAUGUUUUCGAAUUUUUCUAUCUACUUAUUUGUUUGUUCAAUAUUAGGUUUUCCAAUUUUGUUCCCAAUAUUAUUUUGUAAAGGUGUUGAAUGAAUAUUUAUAUUUUAAUACGAGAGAAACAAAGCUGAACACAUGUAAGGAAUAAAAACGUUACAUGGAAAA